AUGUGCACAGAAGUGAACUUGGUGUGUGUGAGGAAGUCUCUCAUCUUGUCUCUCUCCUCAGUGUGUGGUCGAGCCCCCCUCAGUCACAGGAUUGUUGGAGGGGAGAAUGCGACAGAAGGUGAUUGGCCGUGGCAGGUCAGCAUUCAUUUGAUCGGCGUGGGUCAUAUCUGUGGCGGGACUCUCAUCACCAAAGACUGGGUGUUAUCUGCAGCGCACUGCUUCUUCCAGAGUUAUAAUGAGUCUGACAUUGAGAUGUACUUCGGUCGUCUGAGCCAAUUCGACUCAAACCCUCAUGAGACGAACAGGACAGCGAGUCGAAUCAUCAGCCAUCCUGACUAUAACGAUUCCACUUAUGACAACGACAUAGCACUGAUUGAGCUGUCCUUCUCUGUGGAUUUCUCUGACUACAUCAGGCCAGUGUGUCUGGCGGCAGCUGCUAGUGUGUUUACUGCAGGGACAGAGAGCUGGGUCACUGGAUGGGGACAACUACAAUCUGAAGACACCCAGGGUUCUGAUAUUCUGCAGGAGUUGAUGAUACCAGUCGUGAGCAACAGUGACUGUGAUAAUGCUUAUGGAGGGAGCAUCACAAGCAAUAUGAUUUGUGCUGGAUUCUUAAAUCAGGGAGGGAAAAGUAUAUGUCUGGAAGACUCUGGAGGUCCAAUGGUCAGCAGGAACAGUCCUCUGUGGAUUCAGUCUGGCAUUUCAAGUUUUACUGGAGAAAAAUGUGAUGAUCCCAAAUUUCCCAGUGUAUUUGCCAGAGUUUCUCAGUAUGAGGACUGGAUUAAGUCUUACAUGGGCAGCAACCCACCUGGAUUUGUUUUAACUCCAACUCCACCUACAACUCCAAAUAUAACUUCAACUCCACCUACAACUCCAAAUAUAACUUCAACUCCACCUACAACUCCAAAUAUAACUUCAACUCCACCUACAACUCCAAAUAUAACUUCAACUCCACCUACAACUCCAAAUAUAACUUCAACUCCACCUACAACUCCAAAUAUAACUUCAACUCCACCUACAACUCCAAAUAUAACUUCAACUCCACCUACAACUCCAAAUAUAACUACAAAUGCAACAUCCAACUCACACUUCGGAAGUGCACCCAACCUCCUCUUAUUCCCCCUUUCUCUCACAGUCUCGUUCAUUCCAUUCACCUUCUCCCUCUUUCUCUCUUCCUAA